AUGCCAACUUCUGCAGCUCAAAGCAGCCCACAAAAAAUCUCACCAGCUCCAGCCGUCCAUCCAGGGCCUUCAGCUGUUGCGGCCGCUGCUAUGCACACUUCUAUCAAAGUCCCCGUCAAGACUUUGAGCCGUAUAUCAAAGUCAAAGUUAAAGUCAAAGUCACAACAAGCUUUGGUCGGUUCUUCUUCAACUCCUGCAAUCUUCAAAACCCGAGUACCGUCAACUUUCUUGUCAGCUAACAUCAACAACAACAAACCUUCGAUACAAACAAAUACAAAAAUACAACAGCAACUACAGCAACUACAGCAACUACAACAACUCAAUUCUUCUGAACCAGCAAUAAGAGAAGAACAAGAACAAACCAUGGCUUCACAACCAGUUUCUCUGGUCCCAGUAUCAACAAUCCAAGCACCACCAACAGUCAUUGUUACUGCGGUACCAACUUCUUCUACAAUUAACACAGAUUUUCCUGCUAAUUCUGUUAAUCACUCUUCUUCUUCUUCAACAGAAUCCUCAUCUUCAAAAACUACAAAACAAAAACAUUCACACUCUAAUUCAAUUCCAUCAUCUGCCGCUAAAAGACGCCCACGGACAUCUCCAAUCUGGUCCUACUCUAAACAAAACCCUGACGAACCAAUAACUGUCAAUGCAGACGGCCAGGCCAUUUGGACUUGCUCUGUAUGCCAGGACAAAACAACUUCCUACCUGCUUUCUGGGGGAACUGCUGCUCCCAUUCGUCAUCUCAAUAGAGUCCAUGGCGUUCAGCUUCCUCCAGCAACUGUAAAACGUCGCACAAAGCCCCGCAAAAAUUCUGCCUCCAAAUCAUCAUCAUCAUCAUCAUCAUCAUCAUCAUCAUCGUCAUCAUCUGGUGCUGAUUCAGAUGAAAACCUCCCCUCUGCGGCUGCUAACUCUCCUAUAAAGAACCGCGCGGCUGCCGCAGUUUCAAAAUCUGCAGCAGCACCAGCAAAACCUUCCAAAAUUCCAACGGCCACUGCUACUGCUACUGCUGCUGCUGCUGCUGCUGCUGCUGCUGCUAUUGUCUUGGCCACUUCACGUCAAACCUCUAAGCAGCAGACCCGGAUUCCUGAGACACCUAAAGCACCGGUUCCAACUGAUUUGUCAUUGUCGUCAUUGUCGUCAUCCCAAGAAAAUGUCUACCCCCAGCUGCCCCAAAACCCAACUAACCCCAUGGACCCCGCGUUCGUCACUCCGAAAUCGGAACCCGACGCCGCUGCGGCUCGUGACAAACUCGCCACUCCGCCCCCACCUGCCCCGGUCAACCCGGCAAUUGCAGCUGCAGCAGUUGAUCUUUUCUCAGCUUAUCUCCGCAGUCCAGGGUUUUCAGAAACAGCCCCAACUCAAUCCUCCUCCUCCUCCUCCUCUUUCUAUGCAUUCCCUCCAUCCCCAACAACCCCCCACAUUCUGCGCCCAGCAGCAACUGCAGCAACUGCAGCAACUGUAACAGCAACAGCAACAACAGCAACUGCAACCGCAACCGCUGCUGCAACCGCUGCUGAAACCGCUGCCGCAACUGCCACAGCAACUGCCUGUGACAUCUACUCUGCAUACUCCUUCAUGCCCGGCGCUCCGCUCCCAGCUGUAACUGCCACUGGUGCUUCAUUUUCUGGCUCAUCCUACCCUCUCAAUGCCGCUUCCACACUCCCAUCACCGCCCCUCAGCACGUCACCAUCCGCAACGUCGCUUUUUAUGGACCAAGGAGCAUCGGUAUCCACCGCAAUGCCCAUGCAUGUGCCCAUGACCUCGUCAACUCCUGCUAGCAUCCCGGUAUCGCCAGUGUCGGCAGCCGCCAUCGCAGGGUUUGGGUUUGAUGGCGCGGCUACUGCUGCGACUUCGGCAGCUGCAACAGGUGAGUACACUUUUGCAGCAGUAACUGAAGCCCCGGCUUGUCACCCUCAACAGCCCAUGGCAACCCUCUCUUACAAGGACAUUUUGGCUGGCGCGCAGUUCCCCACAACUGGUAUCUCCUUUGCAUCGCCCAUAGCGCACCCCCGAAGCAACCCGGCUCUCUACAUGGACCUUGUUGAUGUUGACUUGACAUCCGUAGGGUCUCCUGACAUGACUUCUGCUACGUACUUCCAUGGCACUAGUAUGGCCUCGGAUGCAGUGUUGGCUCCGGCCCCGCCUCACAUCGUGGUGGCCAACCCUCCCUUUUUUGCCGACCCUCAGCAGUCUUCGGUACCCGCCGCAGCACCGCUCCAUUCAAGGGCUCACCAGGGACCCCUCAUUCUUGACGGGUCUGCAGUCACGUCACCACUCCAACCUGCUGCUGCAUGCACGGCCCUCGGACCCCCAUUUGUUCCGGUCGUUACCUCAUCUACCCCAUCAUCAUCAUCAUCUUCUUCUUCAUCAUCUUCUUCUAACACCACCAAUGAUGGCUGGUACUAUCCAGGCCUUGAUUCGCCUCCUGAUGAUCCUACUGCAUCCUCCUCUUCUUAUAUGAACUCCGUUACCGCAUCGCCUGCUUUGCAAACUCCCGCAGGCUUCUCUGUCUCUCUCUUUCUCAAUGACCCCAAAAUGUCACUGUACGAAUUUGCCCGUUUCUCCCAGUUCGAGUCCCAGCCUGACCAGACUUGUGUUCUUCUCCCAGAGUACACUCCCUCAUAUCCAUAA